GCUGCUAUGAAACCAGAAAAUAUGCUAGAACAGUUUGUAGAAAUUGGCGGAAGACGCUACUUGAACGACUUUACAGCAAAAGGUUAUUAUUACCUGCCCCGUGACCAGAAAGAAGUAGAAAGAACGUACGACCGAAAUUACAUAGACAAAAUUAUAUGGAAAGGUAACUACUCUGCUCCCGUUUCCGAUAAUCUAUCGUUAGGAGCAAACGUUCUGGAUGUUGGUUGUGGCGCGGGAGCAUGGAUAGUAAAUAUGGCGUUGGAAUACCCUGCUUCAGUAUUCGUUGGAAUAGACAUCGCUCCUUUAUUUCCUGAAAAUUAUCCACCAAAUAUGGCAUUUCUUAAGUGCGACAUCCUGGAUGGUCUACCGUUUCCGGAUAACACGUUUGAUUUU